AAACGACUCGCGGGCCUGGGAUCACCACCACCUCGAAUGGUCUAUUCUUAUGCACAGAAGAUGAAGAACCGUAGGGACUGUGUGGAGAAGCAGCCACCUCAUGCGUCUACGACAUCGGUCCCGAUAAGCUUGUGUUUCAACACGUCGUCUGCUUCGUUGCAACUUGAGAUAGAUCCACGGUAUCACUUCCAUUAUUAGUGCCCUCGUGGCCAAGCUUCCAUAGGUAAUGGCUUGGUAUCAUCAAGAUUGGCCGGCUGGCGCUGCAGCUAUCUCCUGUCAGAUCAAAUAUUUUUUUGAAGCUUGACUUCCAUUCUUUCCCUCCCCCUCUUUGUUCGAUGCUAUGAAUUUAUCGUCUGUUUUUCUUUUCCUCGUUCUUGCAGUCUCUCGUUGUCAGUCAGAUGAGGAUGUCUUCCACAAUGAUGAGCAUUUUGAUGCUGCGGAAUAUGGAGUUUAUCCAGUACAAAAGUAUCGAAGCACGGACCUAGUUUCACCCCAUCUCAACGUCCUUCAAUCCAGCUCAGAAUGCGCUUUCGACUUAUAUACAUUCUUCACGCCACGAGGACCUCUUACAAGCGAACCCAAUGCAGUCAUUCUCGACCAAGGUGGACACCUGGUAUGGACAAGCUCGUGGGAGGGCCAGCAGAUUUACAACCUGAUGGUUCAAGAAUACAAUGGUGAAAGCUACCUUACUUUCUGGGCAGGGAACGAUGCUGUUGGUGGGCAUGGCGCUGGUUUCUAUUUCAUGCUUGACAAGCAUUAUAAAGUGUUCAAGAAGAUUGGAGCUGCUGGAGGACUUGAUGCCGACCUACACGAUUUCCGCCUCACAGAAAAUGGAACCGCGCUGAUGACAGUUUACCAAGUCAUCAACAAAGAUCUUGCAGAGCUUGGGAAACCUAUCAUGGGAGAGAUAUGGGACUGUCUAAUACAGGAAGUCGAUAUCGAGACAGGAGAGCUUAUCUUUCAAUGGAGGGCCUCAGAUCAUUACAAAGUAUCCGACACCUUCCGGCCAAUUGACGACGAUGGAGUGAUUGGACGAGCCUUCGAUUUCUUUCACAUGAACAGCAUCGCCAAGGAUUACAAAGGAAACUACCUCACGUCAAGUCGGUACAUGCACAGCCUCACCUACAUCAACGGUUCCAGUGGCGAAGUCAUUUGGAUUAUUGGGGGGAAGAGAAACAUGUUUGAAGAUCUCUCGGAUGGCCAAGCUACCAAUUUCGCAUACCAACACGACGGCCGUUGGUCUGAUGACCAUACCACAGUCACAAUGUUUGACAAUGGAGUCGACGACCCGCAUCCAGACAUUGCAGAUACUCGCGGCUUACGCUUGGAGCUUGACGAAGAGAGGAUGACUGUAAAAUUAGUGGCAGUUUACAAGAACCCGCACAACAUCCAUGGAAUCUCCCAGGGAUCCUUCCAGACUCUCCCGAAUGGGAAUGCAUUCAUGGGAUAUGGAAACACAGCCGCGUUCACCGAAUAUUCGCACAACGGUACUGUUUUGUGCGAUGCACACUUCGGAGCAGAGAGUCGUUUCGGUGCUGGAGAAGUACAAUCAUAUCGAGCCUACAAGUACGGUUGGCACGGCUGGCCUACUACCUCUCCUAACGUGGCGAUCUUACAGAACGAGGAUGGGGGCUGGAGCUUCUAUGUCAGUUGGAACGGAGCCACUGAGGUCAACGAAUGGGUUCUACAAGGUGCAGAUGAAGUAGAUGGCGCGGGAUGGGUAGAUUUGAAUCGAAUCUUGAAAGUUGGAUUCGAGACAGAGUUUGAUAUCAAUGCGGCAUAUCCGCGAUACAUGAGGGUGCUAGCUCUCAAUUCAAACUUCAAAAUCCUUGGGGUGGGCGGGCUUUUGGACCUCACGUUGGAGAAGGUAAUCGAUCCCGUUAUCAAUUCCACUGCAGACCCUGGAACCGACAUUAAUCCGACGCAGACAUGGUCCUUACCGCCCCUGAGAAUCGAAGAGGGGGAUACUUGGUGGCUGAAGAUAAUGCUGGGAUUCUGUUCCUUGGGAGGUUUGUGUGUUGGAUUGAGAGAAGCAAGAGUUGUUUGGCGUAGACGGCGGUUAAGGAGAAGUUCAAUAGCUUUCCAGCGUCUCGAUGAUAUCCGGCUUGACUAG